UCAAAAUCAAAAAUUAGAUGUCUGAUGUAAACAAAUAAGUUAUUCUUAUAAUUACCAUUAUUAAAAUGGCUGAAAAUUUAUUUUGUUCUUUUAAACAGUUGGACAUCUGUCGGUUAUGCGCAAAUGUGGUAACAACAAAAAUGAAUAUAUUUACGGAGGACUUUCCUAAGAUGAUUGAACUUUUGACUACUUUAAAGGUCAAAUCUGAUGACAAUUUACCUCAAAUUUCAUGCUUAAAUUGUGCUAAAGACGUAAAGGCUGCUUUUUUGAUUAGAAGAAAAAUUAUACAAUCUUAUCGAGCUUUAACCUGGGAAAACAAAGUAAAAUUGCAAAAUAAAAUUCAAUCUAAUUCUUCAAAAAAUAUUCACCGUUCAUUGAGUUAUCAUUAUGUGAAAUCAAAUAAUGUGGCCCCUGAAUCUGGUCAUCUGGACACUGUCAUAAAAUCAGAAAGCCAUAAAAUUGAUUCUUUGAAAAAUGUAAAUAAUCAUGUGGAUAGGUUUGAGACAUGUGGGCUAAAUAAAAGUAUAGUGGAAAAAGAUCAGAUGCUUAAAUUAGAACCAACCACUAGAUUUACACAAAGAUUACAAAUACUGGAAACCACAGAAAAACUGAAUGGAUUGAAACCAAUGGAUAAAAAUGACCAAGCUAACAUAGCAAGGUGGUUAGCUAAGAAAAAGAAACUCAAGGUGGACUACAAAAAACUUCCUUGUAAACCAAGAGACAAAGAACCCAAACAACUAUAUUGCAAUCAUUGCAAACUUAAGUUUGGAAACAAUACAAGUUUUAAAAAUCACAUGACAAGGCACAAGCAUAAAAAAUGCCCAAUUUGUGAAAAACUUAUCAGAUCUACCUACCUAAGGAAACAUUUAUCAAUGCAUACUAGUCCUCCAGUUAUUUGCGAAAUUUGUGGGGUAACCUGCAAAAAUGCUGCAAGUCUAAAAAUGCAUAACUUUUAUUAUCAUAAAAGUCCAGCAUUUUGUGUUUGUGAGGAUUGUGGGCGCUCUUUUAGGACCAAAACAAAACUACUUUAUCAUCAGCGGAAAGAUCACACCAAGGAAAGGAAUUUCAAAUGUGAAACUUGUGGAAAAGCUUUCUUUUUAAAAAUGUAUUUGACCAAGCAUAUUAAUAUGAAACACAUGAAACUUAGACCUUACAUUUGCGAAUAUUGUGGGAAGGGGUUUUCUGGAAAGCAUGCCUUAAGAACACAUGUAAGGCAGCACACAAAUGAAACUCCUUUUCCAUGUACCCUUUGUGGUGAAAGGUUUAGACAAAAGGUAUCUUUAAGAGGCCAUAUGAAAAGUGUGCACAGCAUUGAAGAGGAAAGUAACUUUUUCUGUGAUGAAUGUGGCAAAGGUUUCGCGACUAACACUGCCCUAGAUGUUCAUUCACGUCUUCAUAAUGAGAUGAAGUGUCCGCAUUGCUCAGACACUUUUGCUGAAAAAAACUAUUUAGAUCACCACAUUCAGGCUGUUCAUGUAGAUUUAAAUGCUAGUGUUGAUGAAAGUGGCUUUCGGUGGCUAAACUUGUAAAUAUCCUUUCUGUAGACCCAUAAUUUAAAAGGUCACCUCUUCUGUGAUUCCAGCUUUUAUACUGCGGAUGCUUUAAUUUUGUAACAAAAUGGAAGAUUAAAUAAAAUUUUCUUUAAAACCAUCUAUCUAUUUAUUUUA